AAUAUGUCAAACAAUUUGACGAAGAAAAAGCUUCAAGGCAAAGUAGCCAUCGUGACAGGCGGCGCCAGCGGCCUCGGCGAGACCACCGCCCGCGCCCUGGCGGACCACGGUGCACGCGCGGUGGUGAUCGCCGACAUCCAGCCCGAAAAGGGCCUCGCCGUGGCGGAAUCCAUCGGGCUGGAGCGGUGCAGCUAUGUUCAGUGCGACGUGACGGACGAGGAGCAGGUCGAGGCCAUGAUAGGAUGGACGGCGACGACCUACGGCGGCCUCGACGUGAUGUUCAGCAACGCUGGCACCGCCACCAGACUCCCUCAGACAAUACUGGACUUGGACAUGACAGAGUACGACCGUGUGAUGCGCGUGAACGCGCGUAGCAUGGCCGUGUGCGUGAAGCACGCGGCGCGUAAGAUGGUGGAAUUGAGGACCAGAGGGGCUAUCGUCUGCAUGGGCAGUCUGGCGGCGGUGAUGGCGAUGGUGAACUCGACGGACUAUAUGAUGUCCAAGUGUCCGACGCUGGGGCUGAUGGAGUGCGCGAGCUUGCAGCUCGGGAAGCACGGGAUUCGGGUGAACAGCGUGUCGCCCGGGCUGGUGUACACGCCGCUAGCCGAGGAGAAGGGGUAUGCGUUGGAGGAUAUGGAGAAAUUUAUUGGGCCCUACAAGAGCUUGAAAGGGGCGACGCUCACGGCCGAGCAUGUGGCGGACGCGGUGGCGUUUCUGGCUUCGGAUGAGGCGGCGUUGGUCACCGGAGUUAAUUUGGUGGUGGAUGGUGGGAUGAUUGCCGCGCCAUUCCUUGAAUAAAUGUAUCAAAUCUAUAAUUCCAAUAAAACUAAUAAAACUAGUAUUACACGCGUGCUCGAACUAA